AUGUCGAGUUCAAUAAUUAAAAAAAUGAGUACUUUAAAAAUAAUCUUUAUUUUUUUGUACGUAAUAAGCUGCUAUUUUCAAGCACACGGUGCUGACAAAUACACAGAUGAAAAUAGACCUUACGAAUUUGGCUUUACAAUUGAAGGAGAGCAACAUAGACACGAGAAGAAGGAUGAAAAUGGAAUAAUUAUAGGGGAGUUCGGAUUCAUUACAGCCGAUGGCGUUUAUCAUGUCACAGUAUAUGCCACAGAUGAAAAUGGAAAUUUUAAAAUAAUAUCUAUGAAAAACAUACGAGUCAAGCCAUAUCCUACAGCUCCUGGAACUAGUGCAAAUCAAGGAUCAGUGACUCCUUAUAAGCAAAGUCAAUCUUUUAAUAAACAAGGUUCAACAGAACAUGCAGUUCCUUCAGCUGGUGCGAGGCAAGGUCAUUCUAUACCAUUAUCGGUGUCCCAAGAAGCUUCAUCCAAACCUUCUCUUAAUGAAAUACCACACAUUAAACCUGAGAAUGAUGGACCUGCAAGAUCUUGCUCUCAUUGUAGUGUACCAACUACUACGACAGCUGUUCCAAAAUUUGUGACUAAAACAGAAAAUGAACAACUUUCACAAAAUAACUAUGCACAAUCUGAACUCGGUAUAAGUAACCCAUAUGGUAAAAAUCUAUUUAGUUCCCAACAACCAAGACAAAACUAUCCUUCUUUAGGAUCGGUAUAUACUCAGCAGGCACAUUCGAAUCCCGAUAAAAGUGAAGCAAAUCAACCAAUUUACGAAAACCAAUAUUCAGUAAGGGGUAAUGAACAAUUCAAUCAAGUAAACAGGGCAAAGACAUCAAAUGAAGAACAACAAUAUCAACACACUUAUUUCCAAAAUACUGGUGAAGAUCAAAGCUACGUACAAAAUUUAAAUCCAAAGCAAGAAAAUACACAAAAUUUAAGCCCAGGUCAAACUUUUUCCGUAGGAAAUAGCAAUGUACAAAAUUCCCAAAACGGACAAACUUAUCCACAAGAAUAUAAUGUUCCAAAUAAUAAAAAGGCUCCUGGUAUUCCAACAAAUAAUUUACAAAAUCCCAAUUCGGGCCUAACUAAUUCUUUGAAUAAUCAAAAGAAUGCUAACUUACCAAACUACAAUAAUGGAGAGCAAAUUGCCCAACAACCACAAAGCAAUAUAGAUGGAUAUCGGCAUCCAAAGAGCUUUAAUGACGUUUUACAAUCUGCAAAUCCAGAUCAAUUUUCGAAUACCAAUGAGGCCGGUCCUGAAAAACCAAUUCUGAUUGCAGCUCAAAUGGAAUUAGUAGAUAAGAACACAGAUAUUUACCAUAAGAAACCUGGUGAAAAGGAUGGUCUCCCAAAAGGUUUAAACAAAAAUGAUAUGACUCAACUUUUGUAUACUUUUAACUAUACUGUUGGAUUUCAUGGUCAUCAUGAAGAAGGCUAUUCUAGUGGUGCAAAAAUCGGAUAUUACUUCGUAACUGGCAGAAAUGGUAUAAGAACUAGGGUUGAUUAUGUAGCAGACGAAAAUGGGUUUCGUCCAAGAAUAACACAGGAAGUUUUAGAUAUACUAUCCGAUGAAGUUCCCAAGCCUGAGACAGAAAGAGAUGAAAAAUAUGGUCUUAAAGGAUAUGAAUUUAAAUGGCUUUAUUAUCCAGUAGAAUCAAGAAGGCGU